AUGAGAUAGACAAUUUCACGCGAAUCAUUAAACUCCGUUCGCUGAUGCAACUGUUGUACGUACACGAUGUAGGUGGACUGAAAAUCAAUUCCGGUCCAUUCGCAUCUGAUAACGAACGGUGGCGGUUGUCCAUUUGAAUCAUACCGUAAUCAGUCCGCUCCUGUCUCGACUGGUGAGUGUCCAGCGGCUGCAGUGAUCCUAUCGACGAAGAUGCCGAAUGGUGGGUGGCUGUUUGAGUUGGUUGCAUUGGUAGUCACUUUGGGGGUGAUUUGCUAUCCAACCGUUGUCGGUGUUUCCGGUGGUUCGACGAAGCAGUUCGUGUGUGACGAUGGAUAUAACGGAAAUAAUACGGAACUGGUACUGAAGAAUGCUCUGCUCUGUGGAACCGGAUACAAUGCCCGGCAGCGACCGGUAAAGAACCAGCAGGAUCGAGUUGCCAUGUAUAUUGGUGCGGAUGUGAUGAGUGUUGAACUGGUUAGCAACUCUAACAACAAGCUGGAACUAACAGUCGAAUUGUCAAUGCAAUGGUUCGAUAUUUAUCUUCAUUGGAACAAAAAAGAACAUGGCAACAUCAAUACAUUAUCUUUAUCGGAGCAGGAUAUCUGGACCCCAACGGUAGCAGCAAAAUCUUUGCUAAAAUCGCGUGUUCAAAGCAGUAAUCAUUGCUUUCAAGUCAAAUGUCAUCUGAGUUCCAACGGUGAGGUGAUCUACACCAUGCUGUGUACCUUCGAGGUCGAUUGUCUGGACAAUACCCACAGUUGGGCGUUUGAAACCCGGAAUUGCCCGUUGAGAAUAUUUACUCCGGGUUACAAUAUCAAUCAGCUUUCCUUGUUUCACUUUCAGCGACGACUGUCCUACUCAGUGUUCGGAGUUUACCCGUAUAAGAUAACCUCGUUUCAGAUGGCUAUCGUGAAUAAUACUGUGACACCGGAGUUUAGAAUGGAUGUCGUUGUGGAACGAAUUGUCGGUCCGCAUUUGGUCAUCUUUCUGACAAUGAUUUUGCUUCUCAUGGCAGUAAAUCUUGUUAUCACGUGGUUCGGUAUCGAUGCUCCUUGCCGAGGUGUAAUGACGUUUGCUUCACUGGCGCUACACCUGAUGUAUACAACAAUUCUGUACUGGUACUCAAUGACCAGAAUGGAACCUGCUUUGAAAUUAGCUAACGUUCUGCUCGGUUCAUCACUCAUAACUGUUUUGUUGGUGGCUUUGCUGGCGUACUCCGAGAAAAUGUCGAAACGUGACAGCAGUGAGGUUCCACGUUUUCUUAAAACUUUGUAUGGGACGUUAUCCCGGAACGCAACACUCCAGCCAUUUCUACAAUUAGAGUAUAUCAAUUUGACUAAACCGAAGAUAAAAUCUACGACAGAAAACGUAGAAGCACACCUCACCAACCACGUGACCGAUGUGGAUCCACUGCCAGCGGCGAUGGCAUCGUCGAAAGAUACCCUCGAGCAAAACGACUCCGACGAGGAAGUCGAUCUAACUAACGUUAAGUGGAGCGUGUUUGUGCAACCAUUUGAUCGUGCCAUAUUCUGCGGAAUUGCAACCACCUACGUGGUUAUGCUCGUUGUAUUAUUCCUAGUCUGAGAACGUUCCGCCCGGGUUCGAUGAUAAGGCGGAGGAGAUGGAGGAGGAGGGACGCAGUACCACAGCUCAAUUGAGUGAGAUAAUAAAACCAAUAAAGUAAGUAAAUUCCCAUUUUCUGCGGGCUGGGAACGGGAAGAUUAUUACAUCACAUACGGAACUUCCUUUUGAUUCAUAAGUGACUCGAGACAGCAUAACGGCACGGAACUGGUCGUAUCGGUUCUAAGUUUGUGUUCGGUGCUAAAUUCAGUGUGAAACAUAUCAAUUCGGAAGAAUUUGUUUCAUUGCCAUAAUUAUGUUUUAUUUGAUGUUCAUUUAGCUACAACAUACUGCGAAAACUUCAGAGAUAAUAAAUAUAUGCCAUUUACGCAAGACGAAA